AUGAUAGAAGAGGUCUGCUGUACUGUUGUGCAUCGUUUGAUGAGUGGUGACAAAGGUGAUUCAUUUUGGAUGUGGUAUCUGAUGACAGAUGCGUCAUGUUCAGAAGAAAAAAAAGCAAAUGCCGUACGACACAAUCUCUCGUUGCACAAAUGUUUCGCACGAGUCGAACAAAAUGUGAAGGGCGCAGUUUGGACGGUCGACGACUCGGAAUUCUAUCGUCGUCGUUCGCAGCGAGCACAAGCCUCCAGAAAUGCGUCUUCAUCAAGCACCAACACCAAACUCGACAACCCUCUGAAUCUUCUGUCGACCGCUGCAGCGUCAGCUGCCAGUAUGGUUGUGCCGAUGAGCACUACUGAAGAUUUGUUGAAUCACGAGAGCUUACUGAUGGAGAUGGACGACAAUGCGACGAAUCAUUUGGAUUCCAUGGGUGUUCUUGCAUCCAACGCUUCGGAUGAUUCCGAUAUGGGAACAACGAGGUUGUUGUACGCUCCAUCGGAUGGCUCGUUUCUGACCACUCACGACAAUAAUAACAGUAAUGACGCGACAAUUAAGAACGAAACUGCGUCAAUGCUUGAUGGUGUAUCGUCACCACCGUUGCACGAUCUGAAGUGUGAUGUGUCACGUAAAUCAUUGGAUAUGUUCAUAAAAGAAGAAGAAACAAGCCCUAAAUUGGUUGUUGAUGAAGGCUGUUAG